GUUCAGACAGUCCUUGAAAAACUGAAUACGGGUUUAAAUCGUAUGAAGGAUUAAUCAAGUGUAAAACGACUUUAGCUACGUCACGUGAUGGAUACACAGUUCCCGAUUCUUUUAUAUAUACUGCGGAAGCAUUGCAUGUUUGUCUGUUUAUCCGUGGUUUAUAGACACAGCCUGUCUGUCACAAUAUCCUAGGCUAAACAUCGCGCUGUGAACGGGCAUGGAAGAUGACGUGGUAGACGCUAACAUUAUUAGCAAAACGCAGGACCGUGCCAACUGGAUGUCCCAACUACCCCAGAGUCUGUGGGAUGUACCCCUGUACAACCUCGCUCUCCCAGGCAGCCAUGACACCAUGACCUACUGCUUAGAUCGGGAAUCUCCAUUGUCGGUGUCAAACCCCCUUGUGCUGAAAAUACUGGACUGCAUUAUCCCCUGCAUCACCCGUCCAUGUCUGUACAAGUGGGGCACCACCCAGCUGCAGGCAGUCUCAGCCCAGCUGGACAUUGGGAUCAGGUAUUUUGAUCUCAGGAUCGCCCAUAAGGAGGGUGACACCACCGACGCUCUGUAUUUUGCCCAUGGGAUUUACACCCUCCUGACUGUGAAGGAAACACUCAGGGACAUCGCGAAGUGGCUCAGCUGCCACCCGAAGGAGGUGGUGAUCCUCGCCUGCUCCAUGUUUGAAGGACUGACCCCUGACCUGCACCAAGACACCAUUCUCUUCAUGAAGAACCUGUUUGGAAGCAAGAUCUUCCCAAAUAUAAGUGAGGAACCUGCCACCCUGAGAAUGUUGUGGAAGCUGGGUUGCCAGGUCAUCAUCUCCUAUGACGACCCAGCAGCCUCUGGCCACGAGGAGCUGUGGCCAAAUAUCCCGUACUGGUGGGCGGACCAAGUGGACCCCAAAGCGGUCCUCUCCUAUCUGGACGAACAGAAACAGCUGGGCAGGCCAGAGGGAUUUUUUGUGGCAGGCCUCAACCUCACUGAAGACACCCAGUACAUCCUUACCCAUCCCUGUCAGUCCAUGAAAACACUAACACUGCGGAAUUACCGUCUGUUUUUGGACUGGGUUCAGAAGCAGGCUCCUGGGCCGGGCAAGACCUGUCUGAAUAUCAUCUGCGCGGAUUUCGUCGGCAAUAGUGAUUUUAUUUCCGUUGUCAUUGACCUCAAUAAGAAGCUUGCUGCACGACUGACCUCAUGAUGCGAUGCCAAGAUAAUUCUGUAUUUCUGAGUGUUCGGUUAUUGACACACAGCUGAGUGAGAUGGUGCUUGAAUUCAAAGUGAUACAAAGUGGUUGAAUUCACAGCAUCAACAGUACUGAUGUUUAUUUUUCACAGUACAGGCCUAGACAACAGUCCUGCUGUUUGGCAUUAAUUCAGUAAUGCUCACCCGCUCGUACGUAAGGAGGCAAGGUGGGUUAAUGGUGUCAGUAAUUGUUGUUCUUGGCACCAGCACCAAUUCCCAAACACACAGUCCGAACCUUCAGACACUUAAGUCCCACUUGUUUCCUUUCAGAAGAACAGAACUGAUGGGUUAGGAUGCACUUUGGUCUGUGGUACUGCUGCAUUAGCCGCAGGAGAAUCACAGGAGCGUUAACUUAUGAACUGGUAACAGUAAAAAUUAAAACAGUUAAAGAUCACAUGAAUGAGACAAAGAUGGUGGCAACACAGUUUUAGAACGAGACCUUUGGUUUGGCCAUGUUUUGAAGCUUCAUAGAGCACUUAUGAAUAUUUUUUUAUUAUUAACUGAGGCCAUAAACCACAGGGAUAAAACAUUUAUGCACCUCAUAGCAAUAACCCAGACACUGGAAUUUACUAUUCGAUGUGCUUUACUGAAAUCUGUGAUAAAUGUGUUACCUCUUGUUCCUGUCAGUAUUUUUUUAUCUAAGUUUACAUUCUCUCUUUUUUAAGUACAAUAAGCACAUCUGUGCAGUAAAUGUUAAUUGCUUCAUUUAUACUUUUUUGCUCUUUGUUUUAUGUUUUAAUCCUUGUUUAAGUGUAACUGACUUUAAUCACAUUGAGAAAAAUCGUUUGCUUAAUAUGCCAAGUGAAAUACAUUAUUUUAUAUAA